UUGUUAAUGGACCUAAAUUGGGGAAACCCGGCCGAAAACAACACGUAUUAUUAUUUAUUCUGCCACGGUUUAGGAAGGAGACGAACCAUGGAGGAGAUUUCGCCCCAGCGCCAAGAGGGGCCAUGGAGGGUCCUCGAAUUCUACAGUGGUAUUGGUGGCAUGAGGUACUCCCUCUCGAGGGCCGGCGUGGAUGCAACUGUUGUGGAAGCUUUCGACAUAAACGACGUUGCAAAUGAUGUUUACGAGCAUAACUUUGGCCAUCGUCCCUGUCAGGUUAAUAUUCAAACCCUGAGUGCUGCUGACAUGGACAGCUAUGGGGCUCAUGCAUGGCUUAUUUCUCCUCCUUGCCAACCCUAUACUCGGCAAGGUCUUAAAAAGGGGUCUGCUGAUGCUCGGGCAUCUUCUUUUCUCAAAAUUCUGGAACUUAUACCAAAAACAUCACAACCUCCUCUCAUGAUAUUAGUUGAGAAUGUUGUUGGUUUUGAGACAUCUGAUACACAUAGAAUAAUGAUUGAGAUAUUGGCGGGAGCUGCUUUUUUCACACAGGAGUUCAUUCUAAGCCCAAUGCAAUUUGGUGUGCCAUAUUCCAGGCCACGUUACUUUUGCCUGGCCAAAAGAAAAUCUUUGGCUUUUGAAAAGCCACUCUUCAACAACCAAUUGCUUUGUAGUCCAAACCCACUAUUGAAGAAUGACAGAAACAAUAUGGUUUGUGAGUGUAAUCAAUCCCAAGAGAGCUUUGAUCAGUGGCUUCAAACUUGUGAGCCCAUAGAAAAUUUUCUUGAGUUCAAGGAUCACAACAAUCAUCAAGGAGACAUGCAAUCCUGCAUCUUGCACAGAAUGCCUGUUUGUACAAGUACCCCUGAAAGCAAUGAAGCAGAUAAAUAUGACUCUAGCUCAUUAAGCCAGUACUCUGUACCAUUAAAUUUGAUAGAGAGAUGGGGAAAUGCAAUGGAUAUUGUUUACCCGGAUUCAAGGCGCUGCUGUUGUUUUACAAAAAGUUAUUAUCGGUAUGUCAAGGGCACUGGCUCCCUUUUGGCAACUAUCCAGCCAAAGACAGAGGAUAAAGCAUCUUCAUUAAAGGAGCAGGGCCUAAGAUAUUUUACCCCAAGGGAGGUUGCCAAUCUGCAUUCUUUCCCAAAGGAUUUCUCCUUUCCUCAACACAUAAGCCUUAGGCAAUGCUAUGCAUUGCUGGGAAACAGUCUAAGUGCAGCUGUGGUUGCUCCAUUGCUUCGGUAUCUAUUCACCGAACCCUCAUGAUUUUAUAGUCACAAGCUCCAUUGGUGUUUGAUGGCUUCUGCCUUCUGGAUCCCUGCCUGCCCGCCUGUGUUGUCAAGACAGAAUGAUCAGAAAGCUCAAACUUCUGCAGUAGUUCUCUCGGUUAACAGAGAGCAUAAUCAAUGCCGGAGUGGAAGUUACUACUUGCAGUUGCUGCCGAGAAAAAAGAAAGAUUUUGUUUUGGAACUUUUGAAUUGCACAAUUAUGGGAUUUUCUUAUUCCCUGGGAAAAUGUUGCUCUCAAGUGAUGUAAUGGCAAGUUACUGCAAUUUCUCCUGUCAUUCUUUUUUCUUCUUCCAGUUCAUAAAUAUAGUAUCAUUAUUAUACCAAAAA